GCUUUUGUUUGUUGGUUUUUUUCACUCAGAUUCUGGUCUUGGAUGAUGUAAUGACCUGUCUGUUGGGAUCUAUGGAUGCAAAAAGAAACUGAACUCAAAAAUCCAAACUUUAAGGACGGUCACGUGGUUAACUACGGGUUUGGCACACACAGACUGCUGAAUUUCUGAAGGAUUUCAUACAAACAACAUCAACACAAGGUUUGACUUAUCAAGUGUGCAAUCCUGGUCCUGAAGAGCCAUCCUGCAUGUAAAGAGUUUUCUCUGCUCCAACACACCUGAUUUUAUUCAGCAGGUGAUUAACAGGCUUCAGCAGGGCUUGGUGAUGCUGAACAGGUGAUUCAGCCACUGAACCAGGUGGGUUGGAGCUCAGAAAUGCCUAAAACAUGCUGGAUAGGAGCCCUCCUGCAGGCCAGGGUUAGACACCACUGGUCUAACGCAACACCUGAGGGAUGGAGAUAAAAAUGUCUGUUCUGAUCUGACAUCACUUCUAAUUAAAGCAGGGUUGAUCAGAAUCAGAGAUUAAAGUGAAGUAAUGAUGGUUUCCAUGGAAACCAAAGAGAAGCCACUUCAGUCCAAGACAAAGUCGAUGUUAAAAGGAAAAGAGAAAGGAGCUCGUCUCUAGCGCAGGCACAGAUGGGCCAGAGGUUCCUGGAGACCAGGUGUACAUCAAAGUUUUCAGGAGUAAGUGAACCGCGGCGAGAGGGUCCCUACAAAGUGGUUCGAGCAACGCCAACAGCAGUCCAGGUCGAAGGAGGAUUGACGUGGCAUCAUCUGACACACUGCACGAAAGUCAAAGACAAAACUCAGGGCGGUAUUGUGUCUGACUUAACAAACCGGCAUGAUGACCGAGGAAAAGAAGGGCGUGCUAAGCCUGAUAACUGUUCUGUUUUGGAUAACACUAGGGGGUCUGAUGGUUGUGCUGGAGGAGGUGAAGAUGGAGACAAUGGCCGAGGAGCAACUCAUUGACCCAUCACAAGAGCAUACGCCAAACGGCUUGGUCAACGACGAGGCAGCACACCAUGAUCAAGUUAAGUGCUAUCCAGUAGGCCGGAUGCAAUAUGGGUCGGCAUCCUUGCCUGCAUUCAACUUACCAAAUGUUAAAGCUGGUGUAACAAACCACGAUUCCAAGCGAUGUUUUGACCACAACUAAGACAAAUGCAAUCCCUGACGGUGUAACCACAGUUCCAAAUAAUGUUUUAACUACUAGCGCUACAACUACUGUAAUCCCUGAUGUUUUGACUACCACAAUCCCUGUUAAUUCUGAUUUCUCUAUUGGCAUGUUGCAUCCUACCUGUUGUGAGGAGACUGUGGGAGUCAACUCUGGCUGCCCACACACACAGAGACUCACAACAACAUUCUGACAUCAUAUGGUACCAGCUAACGUUCUAGGGUACGUCUUAGCCAAUAGCGGUGACAGAUUUAAUUUAAAAAUUUCUAUUUCAAAUUUAAUUUCAGCUCAGUGGCCUAGUGGUAGAGUGUCCGCCCUGAGACUGGGAGAUCAGGGUUCGAUUCCUGGUCGGGUCAUACCAAAGACUUUGAAAAAUGGGACCCAAUGCCUCCCUGCUUGACACUCAGCAUUAAGGGGUUGGAUUGGGGGGUUAAACCACCAAAUGAUUCCCGAGCGCGGCUGUGUCUGCAGCUCACCGCUCCCCCAGCGGAUGGGUCAAAUACGGAGAACAAAUUUCGCACACACAUCAGUGUGUGUGACAACUAAUGGGACUUUAAAUGCAGUGCAGAGUUUUUACCUGACAACACAACACUGACAGUUUUAGGCAGAAAAUAAAAAUUUUAACUAAAAUGCACUAAAGUGCUAAAAUAUUGACUACACGUGUCUGCAGCACAAUUAGACACGCAUUUAUACAGUUUAUCAGAAAAAAUAGUUGACUUGGGGGGGACUUGCUCUUUAAAUAAAUUUGCGGAGAUGAGCUGCACUGGGUAGCUGCAUGUUGGAGUAGCGCUGUUGACUAUAUGUAGGUUUAGCCUUUUCUUAGACAUUUUUUCUUCUGGUUUCUCGGGAGGAACGGUAUUUUUUGGACAUUUUACUUUUCUGUUUCUGGUGCUGUGAAGCUUGGAGGAUUUUUACUGCAAUUUUUUCACUUUUUGAACAUUUGUUAUGAUGCGUAACCAUGGCAACAAGCUGGUUUAAAAUCGGGAGCAGCUGAUUAACAUUGGGAAGGCUGAAAUAAUACCUCAACUGAAGCCACAAAUCCCAAAUGAGCUAAAACGCAAGAAGCGUGGGUGCAGAGCGGGAGCAAAACGGAGACAGAGAAAGAGGAAAUUCAAACUAUCUCUUCCAUCGAUCAUAAUGGGCAAUGUGAGAUCAGUGGCCAACAAGACGAAUGAACUGCUAGCCCUUUCAAGGACUCAGCCAGAGUAUCGGCAGUAUAGUGUUAUGUGUUUCAAAGAGACGUGGCUGCAGGACCAUAUCCCCAAUUCCAGCAUAUCUCUGCCAGGAUUCCUGACUGUACAAGCAGACAGAGGUCUGAAGAGGAGCGGGAAAAGAAAAGGAAAUGGAGUGGCAGUGCUUGUCAACAACAGAUGGUGCCAUCCAGGUCAUGUUUCAGUGAAAUGUCGUCUCUGCAGCCCAGAUGUUGAACUCUUGGCAGUAAGUUGUCACCGAUAUUAUUUGCCAAGAGAGUUCACCAGUGUUGUCUUGGCAACCGUUUAUAUUCCACCUUCAGCCAUUGCUGAAAAUGCAUGUGAUGCCAUCAGUUCCGUUGUCGCUAAGCUACAAACCCAGCACCCCAAUGCAUUUGUGGCUAUAUCUGGUGAUUUUAAUCAUGCCUUGCUCUCUGCUACACUUCCAACAUUUCAACAGUUUGUCAGCUGCUCCACCAGAGAAAACAAGACAUUGGAUUUGUGUUAUGCAAAUGCAAAGAAUGCAUACAUGUCCAAAACAAGACCUCCUCUGGGACAAUCAGAUCACUAUCUUGUUUUUCUCUGCUCAGAAUACAAACCACUUUUUCAGAGGCAACCUGUGACAAGAAGAACUGUGAGAAAAUGGUCACAAGACGCUGAAGAAGCCCUGCAGAGUUGUUUUGAGACCACAGAUUGGAUGACUCUCUGCCAAGGAUAUGAAGAGGACAUCAAUGCCAUGACUGGAUGGGUCACUCACUAUAUAAACUUCUGUGUGGACCAAAUCAUACCCACCAGAACAGUGAGAUGCUUCGCUAAUAACAAACCCUGGAUCACCAGUGAACUGAAGAAUCUGCUAAAUGAGAAAAAAAGAGCCUUCAAGGAGGGAGACAGGGAAUUAUUGAGGAGUAUACAGAAGCGACUGAAGAUCAAGAUCAGAGACAGCAAGGAGGCAUACAGGAAGAAGCUGGAGAACAAACUACAGAGGAACAAUAUCAGAGAUGUCUGGUCAGGGAUGAAGAAGAUCACAGGCUUUAAGCAGAGGAAGGAUUGCACAGAUGGCAGCCUGGACACAGCCAGUGAACUGAACAAGUUCUUCAAUAGGUUCAGUUCAGGAACAAACCCAGCAUCCUCCUCGCCUGUCCCCAGCCAAUCAGACAUUUCAUCCUCCUCUGAUCCAACAUCUUCCUGUCACACGCCAGCUCUUUUGUCUUCUAACGCAGUCAUGGACUCUUCUGGUUCUAUAAAUCUGUCUUCAACCAAGUCAGGAGAUGCUGCUGCCCCAUUUACCUCCCCCUCCCACCUAUCUUUCUCUAGAAGUCAGGUGAAGAGGCAGCUGGAGAGGCUAAGGCUGCAGGUCCAGAUGGUGUCAGCCCCAGGGUACUGAAGACCUGUGCAGAGCAGC